UUAAUCGAAUAUUUCGGAAUGUUUGAUAUAAAAUGUGUAAAAAUGAAAUAUGUAUAUAUAAAUAUAAAGAAAGUAUUUGAUUUGGGUCAAGUAUUAUGAAGUAACCUCUUGAUCGUUAACCAUACACAAAUGUCAUUAUUUUUGAUAAAUUACAUUUUACUUUUUUACGGUAUAAAAUGUUAAAUUUUUUUAGUGAAUUAUAACUAAAUAUGUUACCAUCUUAGAAAGGUACAUUCAAUCAUAUGUUUAAAACGAUAAAAUGGCGCAAAUACAAAAUCCGAGCGCCGAUGGCCUACCAAAACAUUUUGUUAGUGCAAUGCGUACACUGUUUGACAUAAUGGAUGAUCAAAACACUGGUUACGUCAAAUUUUCCGAUAUUGAAGGACGAUGGCAGGACGAUGGUACACAAGGUCUUCCCAAAGGAGUUUUGGAUAGUUUGAAAAAAGUCACACCACCCAAUGGUCUGUUAUCUUUUGAAAGAUUUUGCGCGGGUUUGAAAAUUUGUUUGUUGCAAAUCCAAACGGAUGGUGAUUUUAAAAAACAUGAUGGACAACCAAACAGACCACCAUCUGCUCCAAUUUUGAUAACGGAUAAUCAAAACAAAGGACACUGGACGUCACCUAAUACUGCCACAAUAAGACCAAAUAAUGCUAUAUCUCAGCAACGUACUUUAAGUAUGCCACAAUUAUUAGCCAAUCGUAAAGAUAUUAAUAAUCAAUUAGAACUAAUUGAUGGAAGAAAUGGUGUUGAAUCUAAGCACAGUAAAGCGUAUGGUCCACCAAAACCUCCACGAACAGGUGCUGCAUUAGAAGGUAGAGCGCUUAGUGCUGAUAGAAAUAUUGAUAAGUCUGAAAUUCGUACGGUGCUGCAAAAUUGGCAAAUGGGUUUAAUGAUGAACGAUGAUAAAUGUUUGGAUAAACGCCAAUUGCCAAUGUCAAAUUAUCGAGCCGAUGCUAGGACUACAUUUUUAAGACCAACCCGCGUUUUAGGAGAUGGUAAAGCGGUAGAUCUACAAAAUAACCAGUUAGGUUUACAACCCAAAAAACCAUUAAAUCGACGUAGAGAACCAAGACGACAUACGUUGCAGAAUGGUAUUGACUACAAUAUGAUGAAAAGAAUGAAACAAAUCGAACAAGAAAAGGAUGUUUUGUUGCAAGGUUUAGCAGCAGUUGACAAAGCUAGAGAAUGGUAUUUAAAACAAAUUUCAGCAACUCAAGAGAAAAUUAAACACUUGGGACGUAUGGGCUCACAUGUGGAACAGUGGACAGAAGCACAGCAGGAACGUUUAGAAUUACAACGUGCAAGAAUUUUAGAAGUUAACAGGCAUCUUGCAGCUUUGAUAAGUAGCUGGGAACGUGGUGGAUUACCGUUUCAUAUGAAUUUAGCAUUUUUGACUACACCAACAUCAGCACAAUUACAACAAGAUGUAUUAUCAAGACUCAAACAACAAAAUCAUAGAUUAACUGAGGAAGUUAAUAAAAAGAGUCAAAGAAUAGCACUGCUCGAACAAGAAAAGGAUAAUUUAGUACGAGAAUUGUAUAAUAGGCAAGCAGCAGGUAUGGUUCAAUCUCGUAGAGCAACUAUGAUCCACGAACAACACGACCAAACAUUCAUAAUAUAAUUAACCUAAUUCUCAUGGAAAAUGAUAUACUUAAAUAGAUUAAAUAAUAAGUUUCAAAUUAAAUUAUAGAUCUUGAAUGCAGUAUCAGUGCACUUUAUACAGAAAUUCAUCUUGCACGAUUGAUGUAAAGAAAA